AUGGUCAGGCCAGCUUUUGCACAAGAUGGCCUCCAUGUUGCCAGGGCCAUUACGUAUGAGAGCGAAAACGCUGUUCAUAUCAGCAGUAGUUCGUAUGCAUCCAUUGUUGGCACCAAAGAGCUUGCUGGUGAGGCUCUAUCGUUCGCGGAAAGAGUCAGUAGUACAUCAUUGGUCGGUGAUACAGUCGAGUCGCCGCACAGUUCAAGGGAGUCUCAUGUACCUAACAUCAUCGACAUAGAAGACGAGGAAAAGCUCUCCGGCUCUUUCGAACUUGCGCCUGAUGUCUACGAUACGAAAGGAUACACAGAGAAAGAUGCUCAGGGUUCGUUCUCAUCAUCAUCUCGCUCAAUCAACGAGCGAGAUCAUCCUGAGUCUGGAGAGGAAGAGGCCACGUUAGGAGCGAUACGGAAUGCGAUAUCAGAUUGUAAAGAGGGCGUGGAACCUGGAGUAAAAACUAAAGCUCGCUUCUCACAAAGUCAACCCAACUUGGACGUUGCCACACAAGAUACCCCAGGAUCAUUCAAAGGAGACGUAAAAGAGGAAGAGCUCGUUGACUCAGAUCUACGACUACAGGAUGAUGCGCAUAUAACACAGGAAGAAAAGAGACGUCUCGGUGUCGAGGAUAACCCUGAGGACCUAAGGGACCUCGUGGGAUUACAAGUCAAAGACCUUAAAGGACUAAUAAGUGAAGGAGUUGCUGCUGCAUUGAGGCACAACACUGAUCAAGUCAACCGAGAUGUCCAAAAGGAACUAGAAGUUGAGCUCCGCAAUCGACUCGCCAAGUCUGGCCUCCUUCCAAACCUUAUCGAAGCCAUCAUCAAACAAGGAACUGACACAGCACCCGGAAGAGAAGAGAUAUCCCUACCUAACUAUACCAGGGUACCGAUCAGUCAACUCGAUAGGGCUACUUUGCUUCACUUCAAUCUUCGAUUCCAGCAUGACAUGCUUGAUCCUAAUUUCUGGAUCAUCUUCCAACACCUGACAACAGAAGAGUUGCUGCCGAUGUUUGACCACACACGCGACCGUCGUAUAGAGGCGCAUCUUGAAAGAGAGCGUCAAGAGGGAUCGCGCGCUCAAACACAAGAGCGACAAGAGCAGAACCAGCCGAUGGAUGCUUCUCGGUCCGAACAUAUCGUUGGCUAUAUGGGCGUCAAGAAUGUUGUAUACCAAGAGUGGGAGGAGUCAGAGCCACAGUCGACUUACGCGAUCCGUGAACUUCCUCACAAAGAAUACUCGAGGCUUCACAAGCUUACUGAUCUAUCUUUUUCCAUAAAUCAGUGUGACUUCUGCAAGCGCGCAAGGUACUACUCGAGCGCGGAUGAAGCUUUCGAACAUCUGCGGCGCGUUCACGUCAGCGAUACGAAUCAACCAUCACAUUUUUCUCGAACACAGCUAUCUCACUGGGUUAUGUCAUCUCAGCUAGCUGGUGUGGAAGAGCAAAACGAGCUCAUUGUCGAGUAUCUUAGUGCAAUGGCACUGCGCGUUGAGACGUUGCGAUCCAAAGCAAUUGAUAUCCGCAACAGUGUCGCCAAUGAGAGAAACGAAAAGCCGAGCGAGUAUCUCCUACCGCUAUCGCUUGUAAAAGCGGCAGAGAUGAUUUUACAGAUGAUCGAUACUUGCGGGUAUAGUGUUGUUGAGUUGCACAAACUCAAUCUGGCCGAUGCGAUGCCCAUCAUUUCGUGGAAGGAGCUCAAGACUUACAUGGAUCUGCUUUCAUACUUUGGCUCAGCAGCUUCUACUACGCUUUCGUCCGCGCGUAAAGAGCUACUGAUCAUGGCGCAUACUGGCAGCCACCGGGGAGCUGUACAAAACUUCCGCAGUACGCCUGAGGUUACUUUGCUCAUAUGCUUCUUCCAUCUCUGGUCAAGAGCGGUAUUGCACGACUCGUCUGUACCUGACUUGUACCGAGAGCAUCUUUCGAAAAUGCAAUACGAAGCUAGCCGGCGGCCAUCUAAGCUUGCCCUCCGAGAGUUGUAUCUCUUGGAAGAGGAGUUCGAGAUGGUAGCCUCUAUCUGCGCUCAACAACGCCGCAUGAUCAGUGAUUUUUACGACAUCAUCGGUCCCUCCACCUAUCGCAUAGCCACCAAAGAAUGUUUCAGAGCCGACAGAGACAUCGUAAUUCCCCUCAUGAACCAGAAUCUCAACAACCCCGUCAACAUGGGAGCAACUUCUACAGGCGUAAGAGAAACACAGGCAUUGUUUGAUAGGACCAAAGAGGUGCUCCGCCACAACGUUGAAGUCUCAGAAGAAAGCAACUCGAAAGCCAUCAGAGUAUUUACUCUAGUGACAAUCGUGUUUCUUCCUCUUUCCUUCAUCUCUUCCGUCUUCGGCAUGAACACUACGGAUAUAAGAGACAUGAGCAGCUCGCAAGCUCUCUUUUGGGCCAUUGCCAUUCCCGCCACAGCGCUGAUUGGAGGACUCUCCUUGACGAUUGCAUAUCAUGGAACGUAUAUGUGGGCUAAAGUACGCGCGAUGGGCGACGCUACGUGGGGAUCAGCGAAUAUCUCGCGCGGGCGACGUGCCUGGAAACGAAAGCCAAAAGACGUGGAAAAGGUAGAUGAGGGUGAGAUUGCAGAUACACGGCCUCUGGGACCAGGUCAUCUCCGGAGAAGGAAGACAGUCUUAAACGUUGUUGGGUCGAAGAAACCAAGGAAGUUCCGGUAA